CUACCAACACCAAAACGAACAAUGCGCAAAUCACUUUUAAUCAACAAAUAAUAUCUAACAUCCCUCCUGACCAAGCUUUCAGAUUCCUAGGGUGUUGGUUCUCCAGAACCCUUUCUCACAAACCUACUCAUACAAUUAUUACCGAUGAAAUUACAGCAGCUCUACGAAAGCUACGGCAUGCAAAAAUAACAGACAAGCAAGCAAUAUACAUAAUUAAUUCAGUAAUCCUUACCCGCUUUGCCUACCGGAUUCAAAACACCUCCUUCUCAAGCUCACAGUUAGAUAAAAUCACCAAAUCUUACACUAAUCUUGCCAAACACAAAGCUGGAUUCGCUAGUACCAUUCCAAGUUCAACAUUAUUUCAUAACCGAAUCUAUAGCCUAAAAACAACUCAAAAUACACAGCAAUUACAACAUAUCAACAACUUCAUCAAAAUUCUUAAUCACCCCUCUUUUGGCAUAUCCGCAUUAAAAAUACAGCUACAACAACUACAAAAUUCAGCUGCUACAAACCUUUCGAUACUCACUUAUCAACCUACCUUCCCAACACCAGAAAGCAAAACAACUACCGCCCAAAUAGUACUUGAACUUCAUAAAGCCCAACUUACAUUACACAAUGAUAGCAAUAUCUGGCCUAUACUAAUGAACCAAACAGGAACCUCUAUCAAUAAUAUAUUAUACUCCAACUCAAAAGCCUCGGUUAUAAAAAGAAAACUAAAUACGCAUCACAUCUAUUUUAUUGAACAAUUAACUAACCAUUCUCAUACACAGUUCCUAACCUGGCAGGAAUCACACCCAAAAAAGUUUCGAACGUUAUGUGACAAGUAUAUCGAGCACCAAAAAUCCAUGUAA